UUUGCAUAUAUCCAAGCUGUGUUUAGACGGGAGUUUUCCCGUAGCUUUGCCAUAAUUUCUCUGACAAUUGCUGGGUAAACUACAGGGAUGGAUCGCUGCAAUGAAAUUUCUGAAAUCAUGUGGAAACCAGCUCGAAAGGAAGCCACUAAAAUGGAUGAAUUUCGAGAACAAGUCAAUAAAUCGUACAAUUUAAAUUUGGAAUCUUAUGAUGACUUGUAUCAAUGGUCAAUCAAUUGUUAUCAGGAUUUCUGGGAAACUUUUUGGCAUUUUUGUGGUAUAAUUGCAUCAUCUGCCUACACCAAGAUUAUUGACACAGAAGCUAUCACAGAAAUCCCAACAUGGUUUUGCAACAGCAAGUUGAACUAUGCUGAAAAUCUUUUGAAAUACAAUGACAACAGAACUGCUAUCAUCACAACAGGAGAGGGUCAAGACGAUGAGAAAAUAACAUUCGGAGAAUUAAGAGCAAAAGUUACUGUUCUCGCUUCUGCUUUGAAAAAAAUUGGCGUCAAAAAGGGAGAUAGAGUUGCUGGUUAUUUGCCAAAUGGUAGUUUGGCAAUCGAAGCCAUGCUAGCAACUGCCAGUUUAGGAGCAAUUUGGAGCUCAACAUCACCUGAUUUUGGAUCAUUGGGUGUCUUGGAUCGUUUUGUUCAAAUUAAUCCUCGGGUGAUAUUUUCAGUCAAUGCUGUUGUAUACAAUAAAAAAGUUCAUGAUCACAUGACCAAACUCAAAGAAGUUGUGAAAGGUCUUCCAAACCUUCAGAAUGUGAUUGUCUUUCCAUUUGUUGGAUCACAAGAUGAAAUAAAUCUGGAACAAAUACCGAACAGCAUGUUUCAUGAUGAUUUUUUGAAGUUAGCCAGCAGCUCUGAGGAGUUGACAUUUGAACAAGUACCAUUUCACCAUCCAUUGUUCAUCAUGUAUUCAUCUGGAACUACUGGAAAACCAAAAUGUUUGGUACAUUCUGUUGGGGGGACAUUGAUUCAACAUUUGAAGGAACAUAUUCUUCAUGGAAACAUGUCAAGAAAUGAUGUCAUCAUUUACUAUACAACAACUGGCUGGAUGAUGUGGAACUGGCUGGUAACAUCACUUGCUGUUGGUGCUACAGUUGUUCUGUAUGACGGUUCACCAAUUAUACCAACACCUCAUAUACUGUUUGACAUUGUGGAGAGACAUAAAAUAACCAUCUUUGGUGCAAGUCCAAAAUAUCUUGAGACUUUGGAGAACAAAAAUGUUGUUCCAAGAAGCUCUCACAAUCUGGAAGCUUUGCAUACAAUAUUAUCAACCGGUGCUCCCCUGAUGCCUGCCACCUACGAUUAUGUUUACAACAGUAUUAAAAAGGAUCUGCUACUUGGCUCGAUUUCAGGAGGAACAGAUAUUAUCUCAUGCUUCAUGGGGCAAAAUCCAACCAUUCCUGUGUACAGAGGUGAGAUUCAAAGCAGGAAUCUCGGGAUGGCCAUUGAAAGCUGGGAUGAAAAUGGUCAUCCAAAACUCGACAGAAGAGGGGAGUUGGUGUGUACGAAACCUUUCCCUUCGAUGCCAGUCUUCUUUUGGAACGAUGAAGGAAAAAUCAAAUACCACAACGCGUAUUUUGCAAAGUAUAAAGAUGUUUGGAGUCAUGGCGAUUUUUGUACCAUCAAUUCUAAGACGAAAGGUGUUAUCAUGUUGGGACGAAGCGACGGAACAUUAAAUCCCAACGGGGUUCGUUUUGGAAGCGCGGAAAUAUACAGUGUUGUUGAACGGUUGAAAGAAGUAGAGGACAGUUUAUGUGUUGCCUGCAGAAACAAAUCGAUGGAGGAGCGAGUUGUGUUGUUUGUGAAGUUGGCUAACGGCUAUAGAUUCACAGAAGCCUUAGUAAAGACGAUAACGCAUGAAAUCCGGACCAAAUUAUCGCCACGUCAUAUUCCCGCCAAAAUCCUACAAACGCAAGACAUUCCUCACACAACGAACGGCAAGAAGGUCGAAGUUGCUGUGAAAAAGAUCCUCGCAGGAGAAGAAGUAGAGCACAGAGUGGCGUAUCGCAAUCCUGAGUCGUUAGAUCUUUAUCGAAAUUUGAAAGAAUUGGAGGACUUGUGAAGUCAUGAAACAAUUGGAAAUACAGUUUAAGCCUCGAGAUAGUUUUAAGAUCGUUGACAACAAUUGAAAUUUUGAUGUUUAUUUUUAGUCUUAGAGACUUGUUUCGUCGGGUUUCCAUAAAACCACGUACGCGUCGUAGUUUGUGUUAAUCUUGAAAGAAUAUUCCAAAUUUUCAGAAUGAAAUUUAUGAUUCAUAUUUAUACAGAAUUAAGACGCAAAACAUUAUCAUAUAUACCCACACGCCGAAGCAAAUUCCAGAUAUGCAUUAUCUCAAAUAAGUGUCUAGUCAGUGUUAAGUAGAAUAUUUUGUAAUAAGAAUGCAAAAAAAAAUAAA